CGUCAAUCUGACAAUUUCAAUUGACCAUAUGAAUUAUUUAAGAUAGUUGCAAUAUUUCUCCCCGACUCCCGCACGGUCGUUUCUCGUUUCCCUUCCAAGUACUUGCACACAGCUUAUUUUUUAUUUGACUUAAAACUUUCGUCCUGUCAAAAUAUGGAAUUUUAUGACAAAAGUAUCAAAAAAGAUUUAUUUUCAACCUCUUACACAACAACGUAUCAGAAUGAUUUCAAAAAAUAUUCCGACGUUUCUCGAACAACAUACGAUUAUCAAAAAAGUCGCGUCGAGAAACCUCAAAAGGCGUCAAAACCGUACGAAAAGGAGGACCAUGAAAGUUUUUCAAAACUACGGAAAGAUGUCCAUGUCCCUUUUGAAUUGCAUGUCGGUGGUAAGCCUAUUUUGCAUAGUGAUCCACAAAAACCGUUUGAGGAGCUACCGAAGAUUAUAGAUGGAUCCAAGGAGGAAGCAAUAAAAACGAGACCAAGAGUAUUUCUUUUGCCAGCUAUACCUUUGGAUAAUAUAGAGGAUCCAGCUUUAAGAAAUAUACUCUUGGACCAUACCUACACUACUGAAUGGAGAAGAAUGGAGAAAGAAGCUACGGCUAAUUUUAAACAAAUCAAGCCAAGAAUUGAUAAAAUUGAAACUUCCGAUAAAGUAUCUUUGAAACUAAAUCUUAUGCCCCCACUUCCAGAAAAGUUUCGGAAAAUGGGAAAAAAUUGGGACGAUAAUCAACUUAGGGGUGAUCCAGAUCCAACACGAGAAUACUGGCAGAGAAAGGAAAUUGAAAAGCCAGUUAUUUGUGGAGCUUGCGUUGAUCCUUUAAAAAACGUAGUACCAAUCGAAACGAAGAAAACCAUCAGAAAAUUAAUCAGCGAAGAAAAAUUAAGAUACCCACACGACAUACCACAAUGUACGACAUUUGCCGGAUACCGACCCAUGUUACCAAUGGGGGUACCUUUAGAAAAAAAGGAACUGCCAUCUGAACAUCCACUCCUAUCAGUUUCUCAGGCAUUGCAUAAUAGAAAUGUAGAAAAAGUGGAUAAAAUAUAACUGAUUUUAUCUAUUGUGUAA